AGGGAUCAGCAAAAUGAAUUUCCUCCUGGAAACCCUUCAAGUGAUCGUAAUGUCGAUCUAUUACAACAUGGAGGCGUUUGUCCAACUGUUCAUCCCACUCAAGAAGAAAAAUGUCACCGGUGAAAUCGUCCUCAUCACUGGGGCGGGCAGCGGCAUUGGCCGGCUCAUGGCUGAGAAGUUUGCCCCACUGGGCGUCUCUCUGGUCUUGUGGGACAUCAACCAGGAGGGCAUGAAGGAGACUACAAGGCUAGUGAAGGAGAAAGGGGCGACUAGGGUCCACUACUACCUGUGUGACUGCAGUGACAAGGCCGAAGUCUACAGAGUGGCUGAUCAGGUAAGCAACCUGAUUCUUAUAAACUAGUCUUCAAUCAAGACUAUACUUGGCUGAAUUAGUGUUGCUGCUUUGUUGGAAAAGCCUGCAUGACACUGACAAGCCUAUUUUUACAUUUAGGCAUUAGGAGCUCUUAUCAGCGCCAGGCAUAGGUUAAUGCUUGCUCCUGGGAUGACAGAUAGAGGUGGGGAUUGACCGCGACCUCGGUUGGCACAAACGUCUUAACACUAGCUACUGCGCCUUAUGUCUCCUGUGAUAAUAAAGAGAGAUUCCGGAGGGUUGAAAACGACCUUGUUUUUUUUUAAAACCUCCCAUUUUGGACUCGACUUGUCAAUGUAUGGCUCAUACAUGCGUAAUAAACUAUCUACAUUCCUCCCCCAGCGGAAAAAGGCACAGAAUCCUUAGUUUAACCUGCCAUCAUUUAGUGCAAGAGCUCUACGCACUCGUUUCUGUCGUGUAGUGAACAUGCACACUGAAGCAAGUGGGAUGAGUAGCUGCAUGCGCUUGCCAUUUGUUAUUUUGAGAACAGCGAGAGUACAUCGAUCACAUCCAUGCAUUAGAAGUUAAAUCGAUUAGGUCUCGGUAGAAGUGUCAUUUCUCUCUUUCAAUGCAUUUCUCUGCAAACCAGAAAAUGUUGUGCACUAAAGAUAUUGUAGCCACACAAAUACAUUUAGAAGGUAAUUGUCAACCUUAUCAGCAACACUGACAACCUUUUUAAAGGGAUACUUCGGGAUUUUGGCAAUGAAGCCCUUUUUCUACUUCCCCAGAGUCCGAUGAACUCGUGGAUGCCAUUUUUGUCUCUGUGUCCAUUAGGAAGGUAUUUUGGUCAUAAAGUCAGUAUAUUCCAAAACUGAGUUUUGUGAGAUUUGUGUAAUGGAGUUCAUCAUGACUUACACAGGGUAGGGUUUUGAUUUCGAUCAUGCCCACUAACACGGGAUGGUAAUGCCUAGGGAGAAUUGUCAUGCAUGUGCUGAUUGCUCUCUAUCCAAUCGUACGGCAGAACACAGACUGUGAGACAUAUUACGCAGCGCCCUGGACUUGUUUACAUAAGAUAACAUGUUGCCAAUGUUAUGUUGAAAGAACACUUGGCCCCUAAACCCUUUAUAGAGUGGCCACUUGCUGAUGUGUUUGAUAGUGUUCACUUGAGUCUGUCCAGUGCUUGACUUGGACUGAAAUAGGAGCCGGUAGCCUACUCAGUUUGGGUGCCGGUAAUGUUUUAUAUUUAGUUGCAGGAAAUCCACUAUACUUUUUCGCUAAUAUUCUAUAAGAGGUGCAGGAACUCAAGCAGUAGAAAAUGUGAGGUGCCGGUACACAGUUCUAUGCCCUCCUGCCCAAGUCGAGCACUGAGUCUGCCACUGUUUUAGGCAAAAUGAGAAUUGAGACGAUGCGCACUUACUGUACAUCCCAACUGCCACUUGUCAAGAUUCUAAAUCCAUUUGUGAGCAUCUUGUGUCCUGCCGCGACCUGUUUUGUAACAUGAUUUGCUAUGAAAUUGUGCCAGACAGACGCACUCUCUGGUAAUAGAUAGUGAGGAAAGUUGUAAAAACAUAACAGCACCUUAGCACACACGCACUCGCCAGUGACUUGAUAAGCUGGUUGAUAAGCUGGUUGAUAAGCUGAUUUUAGUUAACGUGGCUUCCCUGCUCAAUGUGCCUGCAAGCUACUACUAGCUAGCUUCAUUGACAAACGCUGAAUUUAGCUAGCUAGUGAUUUCGGGCACUGAUAAACGGCGUUUAGCUUGUGCUUUAUUUACGAUAGUUUGAAAGCUUGCUGUCCUGUGCAGCAGCAGACUAGUCUGCAGUGCACUACUAGUUUUCAUGCACAUUUUUGAACUUGAGAAAUACUGCACCAAACCCCAAUUGUGUGACUAAAACGUCCUUGACAAAAAUGUCAAUGAAUGACAGAUUUCUUGAUUUAUCUUAGAUUAAUUCUGAUUUAUUUUGAGGAAGUGGUAUGCUAUUGGCUAUGUUGUUGCUACGGAGUCUCGAGUGACAAACAACACUAACUGCCAGGGUACGAUAACACACCCACAUCGAACCACACCCCCAAAACUGAAAUCUCGUUUUUGUUAAUGAGCAACAGAAAAACACAUCGAGUUAAGUCGCUCUUGAAAUACCCCCCCCCCCAGCUUCAACCUGUUACCCAUGUCCAUAAUUACACAGCAACAAUGUUAUAUAAUCCUUACCAUAAGUGGGUCGCCAGGAUGUAGGAAACAAAAAGAUGUCAUGUGUGUUUUGAAGUAAAGAGUGUGAUAAAAGUUAACACGUCUAUGUUUAGGUCAAGCGAGAGGUGGGGGAUGUAAGCAUUCUCAUAAACAACGCAGGCAUCGUCACGGGCAAGAAGUUCAUGGAUGCACCAGACUCCCUCAUUGAGAAAACCAUUGAAGUUAACACCAUGGCACACUUUUGGGUGAGCUAAUGAGAUGACUAGCUCACAUCUGUUACUGUCUUGUCUGGUUUCUCUCACUUGCUGUCUUUAUCAGUGCAGGAAUUUAAAUGUGAAAGCAUUAUCCUAAAUCAGCCAAUACGUUUAUAAAAAUGUGAUGGCUCUAACCUCCAUUGUAGGCCUAUGUCCCUUGUAGCGGCAAUUCCACCCAUAACCAUCAAAUGAACACAGAUCUGUGUACUGUUCUUAAGUUCUCCCGCUAAUUUCUCUCUAGACAUAUAAAGCCUUCCUCCCAGCGAUGACUGCCAACAACCACGGUCACCUGGUCAGCAUUGCCAGUUCAGCUGGUCUGAUUGGUGUCAAUGGGCUAGCAGGUAAAUCACCCAGUAUGCAUGUGUGCAUGACAUACACCAAUGUUCCUCAAUACUGGCCCUGGAGAGCGAGAGGAUGUGCAGGCUUUUGUUCCGGUCCAGCACCAAGACACCUGAAGGCUAUUCAAUGUUUGAUGACUGGCUUAAUCAGGUGUUGGUGCAGGGCAAGAACAAAAGCCUGCACAGUGAAAUGCUUACUUACGGGUCCUUUUCCCAACAAUGCUACACACCUUGUGGCCAUUGUGCAGAACAUUGCCUUUGUCUAUUCUGUAAACUCUGGGCAGUACAUCAUGCAAUCAGAGACCUACUGUGGAGCUGAUCGAUACAGAUGUUAUCAGUCGACCUUGAAUGGGGUAGAGGUUUAACUUGUUAAUGUACUGUAGUUGGGUCCAUAGACAGACUGGGGUAGAUGGGGCUGAAAAUGGUUCAAGGACAGUCCAUUUCAACAUUUAAUUGACGUUGGCAUUGCCAAUGCAAUUUCACAAUUUAGUUUAGACAAACAUUAUCUUGCUGUAGAGACCUUUGUUUAACCUGCUCUAGUACUGUUUGCCAAUUCAUGUUUCUCUCUCCUGAUAGAUUACUGUGCCAGUAAGUUUGCUGCUAUUGGCUUUGCUGAGUCUGUGGCUCUGGAGCUGCUGGCUACGGGGAAGGAUGGAGUCAAGACUACCAUAGUGUGUCCAUACUUCAUCAAUACUGGCAUGUUCGAUGGCUGCAAUACUAAGUAAGUUAUCUGCCAUAAGAGGUGUUAUACAGGAUUUAAUUUCUGACUUUAAUGUUGUCAUGUUAUUCUUAAUGCUUUUAUAAAGGUUUAUUAUCCUCCUUGCAUAUAUUUAAUAGAAUUUCUCAUUAAAAGUUUCUCAGAUUGAAUCCUGCUGAAAGUGUAGACAAAUACAAUCCCUUUAAAUGCCAGGGCCAGUUCUGUUUUUAUGAAACUCGACGAGAGACCUUUGAAAUUGAGUUGGGUUCUUUUGAAGCAUGAAAUUGAGGGCCUUGUCUCACCAUUGAAAGGGCAAAAUAGAUGAUUGUGUUGUGGGAGGACUUAGGAAAGUGGCUGGGAGACUUCCUCUCUGAGCUGUGUGUUACUAAUGCCUAUUGUCACAACACACUAUGUAUAAAAGGUCACGCACCUAGGUCAAGUAUGUGGACUGAUACUCAACGUUGCUAGUCAACAUUGCUAGCCCUAUGGUACACUUAAGUGAUAAUGCCAGAGAAGCUGGUGUUUGGAGGAUAUAUUGGCAGGGGUGUUCGUCGAGGGCCGGCAAACCGUGCUAAUAUAUCCUCCAAACACUGGCUUCGAGGGCAUUAUUACUUUAAUACAAUGAGUUACCAACAUAUUCAAAUAAAGAUUGACAUAUUUUCAUUAAAAACUUUAAUUUGAUUAAUUUAUUCAUACUAUUUUAUCCUUCCACAAGAUAUAGUCCCGACACAAAUAAAGGGUUCCUACCCAAGCCGGCUGGUCGUUCGUUCUAUCAGUUCGGUUGCCAGAGACGCGACCCAGUCGUUCAGUCUUUUUGUUCUGUAUCUAUGGACGCGACCCAGUCGUUCGUUCUAAAUGUUCCAUUGCCAUACUGGCUGGCAACGUUCUUCUUGCUUGCUAGCUUGCUAAUUACGGCUAAUUUAAGUGCAGCCAGUAUAACAGCAAAGUAGCUGCAUUUGUGUUUGUUUAAACUGUUUUCUAGUGACAUUUAUUUGGAUAAAUCUAUAACAAUGAGCUAAUGAUGCGCAAUUUCACCUGGCAUAGAAAAUAUGCGCUCUCGUCAGGACACAGUUGUUCAGAGGAGCUACCCAACAACACAGCUAACACAAUCACUUCAAAUUGAAGCUGGAAAGACAGCAAACUAGCUGCAUUUCGUUGUAGUUGUUUCUAUUGACAUUUCUUUGUAUAUAUCCAUAUAAAUUAUGCCAGCUGAUUCAUGACUGGCUGAGAAAAGAUGCCUGUCUGUCUCAUCCUGACUCCCGACAUGUUCAUUACUAUGGGACAGCUGGAGAUUUUAAUAUUGAAACAAUGUUGCAAAUGUCGGAGAGACGGACAGCAAGGUUUAUACAAAUCUCCGCUGUUGAAAAUCAAUGCUAGUCUAAAAGAAAUGGGAGAUAAUGUCUAGAUGCUUUUUAUAGUGGAGAUCAAGUUUAUAAAUUGCCUGGCUGGGCUGAUAAAACAGUGGAUUGCGAAGUGAGAUGGAACAGAGUAAAUAGGCAUUUGAACGUCAUAGCUUUAACCAGUGGUAACUUGUGGAAUAGACACCGGCUGGAAUGUGGUUUUAGCCAAUCAGCAUCCAGGAUUUGACCCACCCGUUGUAUAAAGUAUCAUUAUCACUAUCAACAACAAACAUAGAAGUGUGUACUGUACACAAGAAGAAACAUUACAUACUAUGGACUGGCUACAGUUGUGCUAGUAGGUAAAUAAAUGGUUUCCCCCCCACAGGUGGCCUCUCUUGUUGCCCAUCCUGGAUCCAGACUACGUAGCGAAGAAGAUCAUUGAAGCCAUUUUAACUAACCAGGUCUACCUUCUGCUCCCAAAGAGCAUGUAUCUUCUCAUGGGCCUGAAGAAGUGAGUCCCUUCAUUUUCUUCACUCUACACUUCAUGAUGGGGAUAGCAUGCUGGGUUUAGCUAUUGGUCGCACUGCCUCAAUCACUCAGAGAUCUGCUGCACAAACACGCACAAUGACACGGUCAGUCACGCAAUUCCAAUACUCAGAAAUGGUUACAUGCUCAAAAUGCACAGUAUUGUCAUACCCCUGGUCACAAACUGUGUUUCCUCCACUAGUAAAUGCCCAGGUAGGGUGCCCUCGGUCUAGUUCUCUAGCCUGCCUCCCUGCCAGAAGUAGUUUAGCUUCAAGUCUUUCAAUUGGCAUAGUCCAGAUCUUCCCUAGAUGUCACUUUUGCGGCUUGUUUUUACUGUUCCUGAGCCUUCAAGUCUCAGACAGGAUGGUGAAUUAUUUACUGUAGUAAUUGACGAGGAAGGAUAGACAGACAAACAUUUAAACAUCUGGUUUAGUGACUAGCAGUUGUAGUGAAACCAAACCACCCCAAGCUUUAAGUCAAAGCAUUUUUAUACUGUUGGUGUAUGUGGACCCAAGCAUUUGAGCUGGGUUGCCAAGCAACAGAGCUUUAGUAUUUUGUCUAUGGACGAAUGCAUUGCCAGGCUAAACUGUGCGCACUUAUGAAGCGUGUUACUUCACUACAUCAGGCAGGCUGUCAGUUCAGUUAUAGUUCAAAGAAACGUGUUUUACACAAAUGUUAUAUUUUCUCACUAAAAUACAUUCAUGUAUAUGCGGUAUCUUAAAUUGACACACUGGUUGUUAUUUGGGGGCACAUAUUAAUGAUCACAGGUUCUGGUUGAAAAUGUCACUUCUGAUCCACAAUGGAUGUUUAUUAAUCUUAGAUGGUUAAUGCACAAAGAGUGACUUAAGUGUUUAUAUAGUUGCUGACCUCCCCCCUUCACCGUGUCCUUAUAGCUCCUUGAGGUGGAAGCAGGCAGCUCUCCUGGGGAAGUACCUGGGUGCCUUCGAGAACCCAGAGCACUGUGAGACAACAAGCCUAAAGCUGUACUGAUCUUCACUUGAGCCCCUUGCACUCUGUUUGACCCACAUUUAAUCCAUGCCCAUUGUCAACACACUCACACACCCUCAGGCUGUGAAUUGUGUUUUCUGUUCCAUACGAAGCCAUUGGGCAUGUGCAUCAGUGUCAGUGGCUACCGAUAGCAAAAUGUAGAUUUUAAGUUUAACGGUUAAUUCUGCAUUUCACACUGUUAAGAGAGGGCUCCGAGGUGAUUUCUGUUAGCAUAACACUUACAUUUUCCAACAGCUUGAGGUAAAUUGUCAGCAUUCAAUUUUCACCAGGUGGGCAUUGGAGGUAUCAGGGAAUUCAAUCUGCAUAGUGUUAGUGCAUUAUCACUAGUACUGAAGGUACAUUCUGUCACUUAUUUAUUUGUGAAACAAAGACGUCACCCAAAGCCCUGUAGAAGGAUUGUGCAUUGAUGAAUUUGCAAACAUUUGCAUACAGAUAUAUAUUUUAGGGAACUAGUGAGAGUGAAGGAGUUUGUUUGUUUGUUUGUUGUUUUUGACUUCUGCAUUAUGAAAAUCUGUCAAAGCUGUUCCACUUGGGCCUAGUACCAUUGUAAAAAAAUAAAAUAAGGCAUUGUGCAUCAAUUAAAUACCUGUUACAGUAUGUAGAAAUGCACUGCACUUGGUUGUGGUUGGGUGUGAGUAUCUUCACAACUUUUUAUAUGGCCAUGAUUGUAAAUCCCAUCGGGAUAUGUGAAUACUUCAAGAAUUAUAAUAAAAAUGUGUGUUUUUGUAAGACGGGAUGAGUCAUCUGUUAGUCUACAAUAAUUCAGCAAACCCUCACUCAUACCCAGUGCAAACCUAGUCAGCGCUAAUAGUCGUUACAGGGGUGUAUUUAGUGAGGGGAAACAACCUGAUACAUAGCUGGUAUGAUUCUCAUUGUACGACAGACAAUCAUAUUUUCUUAUCUACACCAUACAUGUCUAUCAGAACUUUUUGUAACGUUGUACCCUCCUGAACAUGCCCCUAGUGAUGGGGAAACAGUUUCUGUUGUAAUGGCAGGGCCGCCCGGGUACACUCCAGGGCAUAUUGCAUGGAGAUCAUAUCAGUAAAAAAUGUAUGGGAAAUAUUUGAUAUCACGUUUUCUAUUUCUUUUGCAAGGCUGUCAAAAGGUAAUCAAUUAGCUUUUUAUUUGAGGAUGUCAGUCAUACACGUACAAGUACAAUAUGCCCAUGGCAGGUAUUUGCAGGUGUACAUCUGAAUAAUAUCACACUAGGGGCUCUAUUCGGUCUAUCACUGAAGCGUUACAGAUUCCGCGAUAAAAUGUUAAGGUAAUUUCCGAUUGAGCCACCAUAUGCAGCGUUUAUCGUGAAUGCAGUCUCCAGUAACGCGGGAAUGUUUCCCUUUAAAUUUCAAUCAUGCUGUAAAGCUGAACUUCCACGAUACGGAUUGAAUAGUGAAUGUCAUAUACUGUACUAGGGCAUGCACCAACGAAGAUACAGUUCGUACUUCAAGAGGGGAACGAUGAACACUGCAGACCUGAAGGCCUGGAUUUGAAAUCACCCAAGUGAAUCUGUGCUAUUCAAAUAUAUUCUGGUUAUUCUAGUGUGCCAGCCAGUCUGUAAAGUGUUAAAUCCAUCCACACAUGUCUAAGUAAUGUCCAGCCAAUGUCACAUCACAACACCUUGUCUUUGGCUGUGUUUACACAGUAAGCCCAAUUCUGAUCUUUUUUUCACUAAUUGGUCUUUUGCCCAAUCAGAUCAGCUCUGAAAAAUAUAUUAUGUGAAAAGAACUGAUGUGAUUGGUCAAAGGACCAAUUAGUGGAAAAAAAGAUCAGACUUGGGCUGCCUGUGUAAACGCAGCCUUUGUAUCUCCAUAAGGCUUGCAAGUACCGGUAAACACUUACCAAGCUAGCCCAAAGGCCGGCAGAUGGCGAUAUUGAUCUGGUAUUGAAUGGUUCCAUUUUACCGUCCAAACGCAUUGUAUGCAGCUAGCAAUACACUCGUAUUCCCGUGGACCGGUUCGUACAUAAAACAUUUUCCAUUCAGGCUGCAAAGGCGUCGAUUUCCUCCUUAACUAGAUUUUAAUGGCGAGAAGGAAGAAAUAAAUUGGGAAAAUAGGAUACUUUCUUUGAAACACCAUUUUCCACCACCAAGCUAGUGGCUAAUGCUACUUCCUGUAGCACCCUGAGUUCAGCCAGGGGUAAACCACACUGCUGCAACCUGAUUGGCUGAACGCGAUAUGCAACACCCGGGAUUAGCAUUCCUAGGCAUUAGCCACUUUAGCAUGGUGGUGGAAAAUGGUGUUUCAUAAAGAAAGUAUGCAUAUAUUCCCAAUUUUUCCGGCCUUCUCGCCAUUAAAUCUAGUUAAGGAGGAAAUUGAUGCCUUUGCAGCAGCCUGAAUGGAGAAUGUUUUAGGUAGGAACAUGAUCCAGGAGGAUACAAGUCUAUUGCCAGCUGCAUACAAUACGUUUGGACGGUAAGAUGGAAACGACUCAAAAUUGCCAUCUGCCGGCCUUUGGGCUGUUGCUAAUGCUUUACUUAUGCAUUUAUGCGAAUUACGGAUGCCAAUUAGCAGUUGCUGUUAUAGAAGCACCUGGUUGAGUGGGCUGCAAGACUACAUUUAGCUGGAGACAACACAGAUUUAUUCAGACCUACACCUGAUUAGGACUGCAGUUGACUAUAAUUAUCUAUAAUUAUUUCCAUUGCUACUUUAGUUCCUUGAGGCCUUUCAGAAUGAGUCGUUGGUUUCAUGUCGAAUACAACACAAUACAGCCAUGACUAAUACAGUAGACGUAAUCACUCGCCACCAAUUAGACUAAAUGGUUAAGGCAUGAAAUGGCUUCUCUUAUUAACAUCUUAAGUAGUGCAAUUAUGAGGUUAUUAUGCCCUUUGAAAUAAGUUUUGUUACUGGACCGGAAGACAUUCAAACCGUGUUGAUUAUACCCUGAAUAAUUUAUUGGAUAUUCAUCAGUGUUUUCUUCUUUAAUUAAGGGGUUUAAUUUAGUCCUACUGUGAUUACCAGUUAGCCUAACUAACAUAAUAGAUUACUAGCCUAACUAACAGAAUAGAUGACUUAAUGUAGUUUGUUCUAAUGAAGUUCCAAUGAAGUCAUUUGGACUCACUUUCUAUUCCAGACAAUGUUUGUUGUUCUCCUAAUAGGCUAUAAAUUGUGCAUUGCAGUGAUCGUUGCUAAUAUGUAGCUUGACUGUUGUUUUUAUCACCACAGUAUUUUGCCCGUCAAGCUCGGGGUUCUGCUGGGGAUGUACCUGGGAGCGUUCAAUUUUAUGGAUGCUUUCAAAGGACGCAUCAAGAAGGAGGAGUAGAGAAGAGUGAAGAAAGAACAGAUUAACAGCCUCUGACUCAAAGGAGAUUAAUAGUGCCUAUCAUGUUUAUCUGUAGUUUUUUUUUCUCUUUUUACAUGUUUUAUUCUUGUUUAUAAUUCAUUUUAGUGUAUGAAGAAAAGCCUACGUACUAGUUUACUUCGGCAGACUUAGGAUAAGUGUAGGCUAUAUUGGUAAUCAAAUAAUUCAUGUAUUACCAUAAAAAAAAGUUAAUGGUGAUAUGUAACAUUGUGUUUUCGUAGCAUAAACAUACGGUGUUAGCUCACUACAUUGACAUGUAAGUGUUGCUACAUUUGGUAGCUAUUUCACUCUUGUAACGUUCAGUGGAAUACGUCCUCUUUUUUUUGGCCUGAAGAUUACCUCAUGCGCACACAUGCACAAUACACAUUAGAAAAGGCUGAGCAGGUAGAGAAGCUCAGGAAACAGUGUCAUGUAAAGGAUCAUUACCUGUGUGUACUGGACUAGUUUUGUGAAGUUAGCUAAGUCUACAGUAGCCAGAUGAUGGUUUACUCUAUUGCCAAUAGGAAAAUCAAUGAAGUAAAAAUGCACAUGCAUUCACAAUGACACUUUACAGAGGUGCUAGGCAUAGGAUCGGAAGGUUAGGAUAAAAUAUCUUCUGUUUUGUUAGAAAAUUAUAAAAUAGUUUGCAUAUACAGUAUUUGUCCUCUCAACCUACCCUUUAUAUUUGAACGACUGAGCUGUUAAUUGGUUAAAGUAAUACGUUUUCCUUUGACAUUGAAGAGAUUACAAUGUAAGCUAAUCAUUUUAUUUCAACCAUGUGUCAUGUUACAUUUGUUAUGUGUGUAACAAUGUUGGUAUAUGAACAUUAUAAAUUUUUAGACAUAUGUUUGUGUGAAAGCCAAAUGUCAUGAGACAUUUAUUAAUAGUAAAAAGUGCUUAUAUAUUUAGCUGUAAUCUUGAAAAAUAAAAGUUUAAUCAAA